AUGGGGAUGGAAGUUAUAUUAGGUGGUAUUACUUUGUUGAGUGACGAACUCACAUGGUUCAAGAAUGAAGCUUCAAAAUGGGAUGUUAUGCUCCAUGGUAUUGCUCUUCAAGAGAUAAACCAGAACCACUGCAGAUCAAUUCAGGAUGAUCUUGGGAGACAUGCAUUGUCUUAUCAGCAGAAUAUUCAUUGGCAUUUCAAGAUGGAUUUGUUGGGCACAACAUUGUUUUGGUGUGAUAUGUGGUGGAAUGACGCAAGUGGAAAACUAGUGUCAGGUGAGUAUGACCUGUACGACUUCGGAAGAGAUUAUAAGAGAUGCCAAAACUAUUGCCAUUAUCCUAUCCGUCGAGACGGUGUUUAUGCAUGGUUUAGCAAAACUCAGGAAUAUCAAUUGGUAUAUGAAUGGCCUAAACCGGAAACAGAAGAGAAGGGAGGUGCUGUUGCUGCUUCUGCUCUACCUGCCUCGAGGAAGAACUUAGUUAGUAAGAGAUCAGCUGAUUCGAAAUCAAAAUGA